AUGGAAGAGAGGAACAUGCCAAAGUUGGAAAUACAAGAACGAUAUUCAUCAAAAUCUAUCUAUCUAUCUAUCUAUCUAUCUAUCUAUCUAUCUAUGUUUUUUACUUCAUAUCUAUCUAUCUUGCUCCAUAGCGGGUUUUCUUCAGUAUGUAUGUAUCAGCUUCUUAAUCUCUCCCUCUCUCUCCCUCUCUCUCUCCAUCACUCUCUAUCUAUCUCUAUCUCUCUCUCUCUCUGGUUCUUUGGGAAGCAUUUAAAUUCAUAUCUAUCUAUCUAUCUAUCUAUCUAUGUUCAUUAUCUAAGUAGGUUGAUAUCUCUCCAUCUAUCUAAAGUUUCAUAUGUGACAUUACUGAGCCUUCGACUUUUACUUAUUCUAUUUCUUCUCCUUCUUAACCUUCUACUUCUUCUUAACCUUCUUCUUAACCUUCUUCUUAACCUUCUUUUUAACAUUAUUUGUAACAUUCUUCUUCUACUAAACCUUCUUUACCUUCUUCUUAACAUUCUUCUUAACAUUCUUCACAUUAUUCUUGACCUUCUUCUUCUUCUACUAAACGUUCUUCUUAAAUUCUUCCUUUUAACUUUCUUCUUAAACUUCUUUUACCAUUCUUCUUCUUCUUCUUCUUCUUCUUCUUCUUCUUACCUUCCUUAA